UAAAGGCAAGCUAAUAAACCACAGAAAGAGUUGUCUAUGGUUAAUAUUUCUCUUGAUGCACGCUGAUCAGUGAUUACUGCAAUUGUGCUGAUCCUUAAGGCAUUCAUUGUCAUCCUAGCUAUUAUCGAGCAUGGUAAUUAUAUAAUGUUGUUGACGAGUAUAAUUAGAUUUAUUUACAGAAGGUGUCAAACCUGUUCAGAACUUCAGACUAUUGCUAUUUAUGGGCGUGGCAAUCGGGUUUGGGGCUUUUCUAUUGGCUGUCACGUUCACUGAAGUGGCUCGCUGUUGGCUGCGUCGUGGGAGUUGCAGUUUACGUUUACAGUACAUCCUUUAAGAAGAGGGCAGAGAGUGAAGUAUAUUUCAGGAAGCAGCUCUACAUCCGAUAAUCAGCAUUUGGAGAGAUGAACGAAGACAUCGUGAACGAGAAGAAGAGGGCAGAGCCAGACGUGGAUUAAAGCACUGACGGCCAAUCAAGACCAAGAGUGGUCAAAAGGAGAUUGGAGUGGCAAUACAAAUCGACAAGGAUCCUGUCAUUAAAGUAGCCAAGGGUGUCUGCGUGACUGCAUCAGGAAAGCUUUUACAGCCUUUAGGACUUGAGAUUUUUAUGUGUAACCGCCACAUUUUGAGGACGAUGGAGACCUUGUCGCAGAGCUCCAGGCUUGAGUGUCAAAUCUGUUUCAACUACUUCAGCCAAUGGCGGCGUCCCAAACUCCUCCACUGUCAGCAUACCUGCUGUUCCAUGUGUCUGAGCCAAAUGAGGCUAAGUCAGAGAGAGAUCUGCUGCCCUUGGUGCCGGUGCAUAACACAGCUCCCCAACGGCAUUUCUGUCGCCCAUCUCCCCGAUGACCCAGAAGUGCUCGAGGACAUCAGUCUCUUUCAGUCCUCUGAGCACAUGCCCAUCUUUAUACAUGUACCAAACAAUGGCUGCUACCUGCUGCCCGUUCCUCUGGACACCGAUGGGGCUUUGCUCCCUGGCGAUCCGGCGUGCCGCUUUGCCUCCAAAAGUGUAGGUGUGUUAAAUGUCUCGGAUGGGAGGAGCCUGGUGUUGGGGGAGGAGCAGGGAGAGGACGGGAUGGAGGAGGAGGAGGUGGCGGUUAAGACCACGGCAUGGACAGGAGUUUGCACUGUGCUACUUGUGGCUUUCAUUUUAAUAUUUCUGCUAGGCAUUGUGUUGCACAACAUGUCCUGUGUGUCCAAACGGUUCACCAUUAUCUCCUGUGGAUGAGAGGGAAGACUCUGUGGAACAAUUAAGAGAUGAAAUGGACCCAUGAACUCCUGUAGCUUGAUGUCUCGUUUGAUGUCAAAUACAGUAGUAAUAAUGUGCAUCAUAAGAGGAAAAGGGAAUGAAAGAAUACUUGACUUCAAGCAGAAGUCAAGGGCACUAUCUAUGCAGACCUAAAGGUGUUUCAAAUGUCUAUGAAAGCUCUUGGGGAAUUUGUUCAGUUAAUGUGCAGAAAUGUCUUUAAUGAAUCUAGCAGUAGUGACUAAAUGUUUUUGCAUGUUUUGUAUGUACAUGAGGGAAACUAGCUUUGAAGAAUUUCAGUUUUCAUGAUCUCUAGUGCUAAAGACCUGUGUAUUAUUGACUGUUUGUAAUAGGGUUGUGCAGUAUGUCUGAAAACUAAAAUACAGCAUAUGAUGGUACGAAAUAACAUCGUAAGAUAGUUGCACUGCCUCCUUGAAUAAUACUCAUUACUCUAUGAAUCUGAGUCCUUGCUUUAGAGAUCGCAGUUGUAAAAUACAGCAAGUUUCAGCUAAGAUAUUUUAUGAAAUUUCACAAAUCAAGUGUUUUCAAUGGUAAAAAACUGUAUUGUUUUUUAUUUGUGGGUUUUGCCUUUGUUCUUUGAUUAAACUAUUGAAAACAUGACUCAGGUAGAUUAAACAUGAAACUGUCCCCGCUUUGCUACAGUUCCUCUUCAUUAGUACUCAAAUAUAAAACAAUCGACUCUGCUGCUGUUUUGAAAAGCUAUUCAAAUAUGUCAAAAUGGCUUUAAAGGGGUCAGGACAUUUUAACAUAUAAGAGAUCAUUUUACUAGAAAAACAUACUGUAAGUUUCAGAACUUAAAGCUUACUCCUCACUGCAAAAAGAGCAUUUGUUGAAACCAAGCUGCCAAAAUGACUCGUUCUCUACUUCCUACACAUUGUGAUGUCACACUGUGGAAUACAUUUGCAUCCAUAGAAAUACAUCCAUAGAUGCUGGUUCGGAUAUAUCAACCGUGGCACCAUCUUGGAGUGGUCAACAAGGAGAGCUGUUUAAAUGCAAGUGAAUGGAGAAGAAGCCUCAGACCGCUGCAUAAACUGCUUUUGUUUGGAAACAGUUCAUCAUGUAAUAAAAUGACUGACUGGGUGCUAAUUUUAAGUGUUUUCCAUGAUAUAUUCCUUUGAAGAGGACUUUAUUUGCAGUUUGCUACGGGGAAAACCCCCCUCUGUUUUAGAAGUGAAGUCAGGAAUUUUUAUAUCAUCUAAAAUGUUGCCCAGUUUUUAUGGAAAAUCAGAUAAUCUGAAAGUUGGCUUGAAAAGAAUCCAGACUGUUACAGACCAUAUUUGUCAAUUUACUUUCAUGUGUUGACGGACGGCUCUUGACCGUUCCAAUAUGGCAGAUGGGCCAAUGUGUUGCGGUCCAUAGAAACAGCUGCUAAUGAUGUAUGUAUGUAUAAAUAUAUAUGUUUGCAUCUGACUGCCUCCACAACAACACAUCAACGCCUACUUUACCUUAUCACUUCUUUAGUCCCACCCAGUAGUGGUGAGGAGAGAGCCAAUCAUAACUUUGGGCGUUUACUGUCGAAUCAUAAAUGAGAAGCAGGACAAAAACUGAGUGUUUCUGACAGAGAGUAAAAAUGAGGGUGGAAAAUGAUUUUACAAAUAUAUGACUGUUUUUUUUUACCAAAAAAUUUACCAAUAUCAUAAGUGAACCUCAAGGAUAAUAAAAAAUAAUAAUAAAGGAAGGCAUGUCAUGA